AGGAUGUUCAGCUGGAUGGGGCGGCAGGCGGGCGGACGCGAGCGCAUGGGCGGUGCGGACGCGGUGCAGACGGUGACCGGAGGCCUGCGCUCGCUCUACCUGCGCAAGGUGUUGCCACUGGAGGAAGCAUACCGCUUUCACGAGUUCCACUCUCCCGCGCUGGAGGACGCGGACUUCGACAACAAGCCCAUGAUCCUGCUGGUGGGCCAGUACAGCACCGGAAAGACUACUUUCAUCAGGUACUUACUGGAGCAAGAUUUUCCAGGCAUGAGGAUUGGCCCCGAGCCCACCACUGAUUCCUUCAUUGCUGUGAUGUAUGGAGAAACAGAGGGCAGCACCCCAGGAAAUGCUUUGGUUGUGGAUCCCAAAAAGCCAUUUCGAAAACUCAGUCGUUUUGGAAAUGCUUUCCUGAAUCGAUUCAUGUGUUCCCAGCUGCCCAACCAGGUCCUGAAGAGCAUCAGCAUCAUUGACAGUCCCGGCAUCCUGUCUGGAGAGAAGCAGCGCAUCAGCCGAGGAUAUGACUUCUGCCAGGUCCUGCAGUGGUUUGCAGAGCGGGUCGACAGGAUCAUCCUGCUCUUUGAUGCUCACAAGCUGGACAUCUCAGACGAGUUCUCAGAGGCCAUCAAGGCCUUCCGGGGCCAGGAUGACAAGAUCCGUGUGGUGCUCAACAAGGCUGACCAGGUGGACACACAGCAGCUGAUGCGUGUCUAUGGGGCUCUCAUGUGGUCCCUGGGCAAGGUCAUCAACACCCCGGAGGUACUGCGUGUCUACAUUGGCUCCUUCUGGGCACAGCCCCUACAGAACACCGACAACCGCAGGCUCUUUGAGGCCGAGGCCCAGGACCUCUUCAGGGACAUCCAGAGCCUCCCACAGAAAGCAGCAGUGCGCAAACUCAACGACCUCAUCAAGCGAGCCAGACUGGCCAAGGUACAUGCCUACAUCAUCAGUUACCUAAAGAAGGAGAUGCCAAGUGUGUUUGGAAAGGAAAACAAGAAGAGGGAGCUUAUCAGCAGGUUACCAGAAAUCUACAUUCAACUGCAGCGGGAGUACCAGAUUUCUGCGGGAGACUUCCCCGAAGUCAAAGCCAUGCAGGAACAACUUGAAAACUAUGACUUCACCAAAUUCCACUCGCUGAAGCCCAAGCUGAUCGAGGCUGUGGACAACAUGCUAACCAACAAGAUCUCAUCACUGAUGAACCUCAUCAGCCAGGAGGAGAUAAACAUGCCCACACAGCUGGUGCAUGGAGGUGCCUUCGAUGGGACCACCGAGGGGCCCUUCAACCAGGGCUAUGGAGAGGGCGCCAAGGAAGGUGCUGACGAGGAGGAGUGGGUGGUGGCCAAGGACAAGCCUGUCUAUGAUGAACUCUUCUACACCCUGUCACCCAUCAACGGCAAGAUAACGGGUGUCAAUGCCAAAAAGGAGAUGGUGACCUCCAAGCUACCCAACAGUGUCCUGGGCAAGAUCUGGAAGCUGGCCGACUGUGACUGCGACGGCAUGCUGGACGAGGAGGAGUUUGCGCUUGCCAAGCACCUCAUCAAGAUCAAGCUGGAUGGCUAUGAGCUGCCCAACAGCCUGCCCCCCCACCUCGUGCCCCCCUCUCACAGGAAGUCCCUGCCGAAGGCCGACUGAGGAUGGGCUGCAGACAGAGUGGGAGGGGUGGGGUGGGAACUGGGGACCUGGAACUGAGGCCCACUCUGCUCGCUGAGGAUCUUGGUCUCUGCCCUUCUGUGCCUUGGCUUUCCCAUCUGUAGAAUGGGAAGGACUGGCAUCAGACACUAGAUGGUCUCUAAGGUCCUAUCACCUCUGAAAUUCUUGAGUUUCUACUGGAAUAUGGGGAGGAAAGAGAGAAAACAAGAUUGAGAGGAAAGCAAAAUUGUCCAAAGAGUCUUGAGAAAUCUGGGAGAAGGUGUAGGGGUGGGCUGCCUCUGUGGAUUCCCAGGACCCCCAGGA